AACUUCAUGGCGGCCCCUCUUCCAACCGAGCAGGGAUUUAGGAAUGUGGAGACCAGCAGCUACGUCACCCACAAACUGCCUGAGGUGUCGUCGAUGAAAAACUUUUUAAAAAGGCUUUACCUGAACGAAACGACUACUAUCCGGUCCAAGCUGGAGUGGAAGGGGGGGGAAAAAAAUCCUGCCCCAACCUGAAAUUCAAAAACACCGACAAAUUAGCCACUGCUAGCACCGGAAACCAUUUUCCGUAACACACUGGUAGACGAAUAUGUGCUCUACAGGGACGAACAUUUGCCGACUGCCUGCGGUGUUUUGAUAACAUUGGUCUCCCCAGGGACGCUGGUCUCUGUCUCCAUGGUAACGCGCCCGUUGACGCUUUGAGCUGCCUGAAAGGGGGUGGGCGGAACCGGAGAGGAGACCUCACCGAGUGAAGGAUGCCAUUUCACGAUGGAGUGUACUACCCCUACAGCAGCGACGCCCAGGGGACCCAUUCGUCGGUGGGGAUCCCUUCCCUCCUGAACUCCCCGCUCAGCCAGCACUCUGCGCCGGGCAUGGCCCCGGCCGCCUUCAAGUUCCGCCCGCGCCGCGAGAGCGUGGACUGGCGGCGCAUCAAUGCUGUGGACGUGGAUCUGGUGGCGAGCCAGCUGGACGUGGACGCCCUGCAGGAGCACAUCGGCACCGUGACCUUCUGCAGCCUGGACGGCGAGCGCUGCCAGCGGUGCCAGAGCCCCGUGGACCCUGCGCUCGUCAAGCUGCUGCGGCUGGCGCAGCUCUCGGUGGAGUGGCUCCUGCACUGCCAGGAGGUCCUCAGCGCCAACCUGCGCGGCGCCGAGGAGCGGCUGGUGGCGGCCGCCGGCGAGCGGGAGCAGCUGCUGGCCCUGCACAGGAAGCAGGAGGAGAGGGCGAAGGCGCUGAUGGGCGAGCUGAAGCAGAGGAAGAAGGUGAUACGCACCCAGCAGUCGCUGCUGGCUCCACGGAUCAUGAGCAGUCACAAGUGUCUACAUUGCGAUAAAUCCUUCCUCAACUCCUCCUUCCUUCAAAACCACAUGCAGCGGCGGCAUCCUGACCAGCACCAGUCGCAGCUGCAGUCCGACAGCGAGAAGAAAUCUCAGAUUGAUAGUCUGAAAAUGGAGAUUAGCAGUCUGAAGGAUCAAAUCACUCAGCAGCAACAGGAUCUGCAGGCCAAAAUUGCUCAGGAAAAGGAGCAGCAGUCGAUGCACAAAGAGCUGCUGAGGGAGCUGGAGCGCUUCAAGGCGGAGGAGAUGGCCCGCAUGGACAGGAAGCUGGAAGACAGCAGAGACGGCAUGCGCAGGGAGAUGGAGUUCCUCUACAACCGAAACAUUCAGGCUCUCACCGAAGCAAAUCAGACUCAGACGGCCAAGCAGGACAAUCCAAGCAGCCCUGUCAACUCUCAGGCACAGCAAGACGCUUACAAAGACAUGCAGCUGCAAGCCAUCCACAAGCUGGAGCAGCAGAUGAAGAAACAGGACAAAAAGUGGGAAUCCAGAAUCAAAGAGAUCAAGGCUCAACAUGAGUCCGAAAAGAAUCAGUUGCUGAACGAGCUGAGCAGGAUGCAGUCGUCUGUGGCGGAGCACCAGGAGCAGAGCCGGCGGCUGCAGCAGGAGAUGGACCGCAGGCUGCAGGAGAAGGCGCAGACCAUCAAGGCUCAGAGAGAGCAGAUGAGGACCAUUUCCAUCAGUCCGCCCACUAAAGUGCAAGAAAUACCAGUCGCUGCCAGCGCACCAGUCCCAGAACCCAAACCAAAGAAAUUCUCACAGGCCCAGUCUCCCGUCUGUAACCCCCCGUUUGUUCUGGCUCCCACUGCCUGUUCACCUGAACGCUCAGCGGAGCCAGCCUCUGCUCUAAAGCUGGAUCCCAUACAGGAGUUGUCGGAAGAGGAGAAAGAUUCCAGCAUCUCUGAGAAGAGACCGCUGUCCGGUAAACAUGCGACCGAACCGCCUAAGAAACCUAAGGUGACGGCCAGCGCUGUGAAAAAGAACCCCAGCAUCAAGAAGGAGAUGCGAUCCGAGCUGGAACGCUCCCUUACCAAGAAGCUGGAGAGCCUGGGGGUCAAGCCUAACCAGAAAGGCUUGACGAACAAGGAGUUAGCUUCCCUCCUCGCCAAGAUGCGUUUAAAGCAGGAGGCCGUUGCCAAGACGAUGCCCGACUACUGGCGCUGUUGGGAGGAGAUCGCAAGCAUGGUUCAGCAGAAGCUGGGCGGACCGAGGCGAGGCAGUGAAGCCGCGCCAAGAUCCAAACAGCCCCAUCAAGUGAUGCAGGUUCGCCCGCGCUCCAGCAGCCUGCCCUCCAGAGCCAGUCAGGCGGUUCCUCCAGCAACCGUCACACAGCCAAAGACUCCGCAGCCGGCACCCAGGACCAAAGGCUUCAUGCAGCCGAAGACGUCCACCCCCAACAUGAAGCCCAUAUUGAAGAGCAGCACAAGCAAAACCCCGCCGUUUAGUUCGGACGAAGACUCUGACGACUCAAAGUCCGACCUGGAGGAGGAGCCACCAGACCUCCGGCGAGUCAAGUCGUUAAAUCUGAUGGUUCAGAUCAAAACGAACAAAACCCCUCCGGCUCUGUCCAGGCAGAGCGCAGUCAGCCAGUCGUCGUUCUCCUCUAAACCACAGCAGUCCCGUCACAGGGCCACGAAGGCGCAGAGCGAAGACGACGAGGAGUGGUCGGAUGUGAGCGAUUUGGCGGAAAUUGACCCCAGGCAGCUGCAUGGCUUCAAAAACCACAACAGCAACAAUGAUAAAGGAAGCCACAUUAAAGAUAAAGUUGCUGAUUUGGCCAGAAAAGUUGAACUGCACAUAUCAGAGAGAGCAGUAAAAAAGCCUACAGGGGGCGUAAGCAUUCUUCCAGAGAGAAAGGACGAAGUUCAGGAGAUUUCGCUGACGGAUCUAGAGGAGAGCAGUGAGUGGAUGGUCUCCUCUCUGGAGGACAAACCGGGAGCGUCUAAGCAAACGUCUCUCCGUGGCUCCGGACCCAUGAGGAAGAGCCUGGACUCGUCCAGCACCAGCGUCUGGGGGACGUCUACGGGAAAAGCCCCCAAAUCAGGUCUGACCGAAACGGGAACAGGAAGCACGCUGAAGAGCAGCCUGUGCUCUUUCAGCGACAUCAGCGACUCGGAGGACAUAAGCAAUAAGUAGCAUUAGCACUGCAGCAGAUCAGGUAAGUAAGCGAACCUUUGUGGACGGAUAACUCUGCAUGCAGUUGCACAGUGAACAGUGCAGCCAAGCAACAGGAGAAGACUCCCCACCAAACCGAGGUAGACGGGCGGUCCGAUCUCAUAGCUGAGGAAACGUGAUUGAAAAGUAUGUUUACUCAUAAUAGUAAUGUUCUUAUGUAACGUCACCUCACCUCAGUUUUGAUGGAUCUGCUUUGAUGUGUAAAACAGCUGAAAUCACUUUGUUUAUGUAUAAACAGUAACCAGCCACGUCUGAGAUGCCUGGUGGAAGUGGAAGAGAGGGAGUGGGGGAACGAGGCAAACCGGUCAGUAGGAGUUUUGUUUUCACAACAGCAGCUCAAGCUUUCUAGAACUCAUCCCUCUUACAGCCCAGCAGCUGGACAGCACACGCUCCCAUCAGCAUCCCGUCCUUGGUGCUUGGCCCCCCGCCAAUCCAUGUGCAUUCCAUCCCAAAAAACGAGAGCACGGUCCCGAGCAAUCCGAGGCAGAGCCCAACCAGCAGCAGACCCCUGACUGCCUGGAUGUACCCUAGAAAAUAAAAAAAAAAAAAACAGUAAAAUACUCCCAAAUGAACACCGGUUAUUUACUUUUUAUAUAUAUCUUGAACCCACGUUUGACUGCCCACAGCAGACCAUUGUCCACGCAGUUCACGACAGCCGUGGAGUCCUGCCGGCAGUCCUUCCACAGGUCAGACCAGUACCACUCUGUCGCCACCACCGAGGAGCCGCCGUGGCCGCCGAGCUGGGCCACUCUUAAUUCAGAAAAUCAAAACUG